AUGGACCAGCCUACAGUAUCUUCGGAAGCAGAACGCGCGGUCUCCUCAGAGCCUAGCUCAACGAGACCGAACCCUUUUACCGAAGGCGACGAUUCUUCUCGGAAACGGCGCCGAACCUCGAUGUCUGGCGGCUCUCGCAGCCUCUCUGUCGAAACCACAAAGUCGGACCGCGAUACUUCAAGCUCCUCCAACACACACCACGCCGACGACGCCGCCACACAAGACUCUGCCAUGAAAAUAGACAUCAGCCCCUCCACGCCGCAGACGCCAGAGCGGCAGUCGACUGCACCAGAGCCCGCAACCGAGCCUGCCUCUAGCCGGGUCACGAUAAAUCUGCGCAAUACUGCCCAGCCCGAGCCUUUCUCCUCAUCCCCCGUCUCCCCGACGCCGCAUACAUUGCCAGGCCGGCUGGCCGAACCACCAGGGAGGUCCAAGAAGAAGAGUCUAGAAGACUUGGAAGAAGUUGACAUGGGUCAAGCUCCCAUUGAGAUCACAGACACCCCGCCUUCUUCCUCUUCAAGCCCGCAGAGUCCCGAGGUGGAAGUGCUUGCCAUACCUGACGACGAUCAGGAUGCUCCGUUCGACGAGGAGGUCGGCAUCAUUCGCGAGGAUGCGGCGUCCUUUGAUCCGACGCCCGAUUUCCCAUACCAUGAUGCCCACGAGUCGUUGCCGGAAACGGUUGGAAAGCUGGUUAACUACCUCUCUUCUCAAGCGCCGCCAGAGGAGGGUGUUUUGGAGUCUCUGCGUUCUUGGACAAUCCAGUACACAAAAUACGUCGGUAUCGUUGGGAUGAGGGCCGCCUACGAGUCCCAAGUGGCUUAUCAUACAUUCUGGCACAUGUUUCCAGAAAUUGCAUGGGUGUUGUCUAACAGAAAGCAACCUGCCUCUGCGGAAUGCCGGCAGAUCAUCGCCGACUUCUUCAUAGCCUACUCGAGAAUGGCCGCCUACUUCGUUGAAUUCGAUCUCCUCACUGCUCAGGCAUUCCAGGCAUCCUCAGAUGACGAGCCCCGCCAACCAGAGUUUCUUCUUUACCGGUUUUUACAGCCACUAACAUCCUUCGCCAGAAGAGAACACAAUCGGAUCCAGAAUGGUCAACUACAUGAAGAAGAGAUGCUUGGUACGGAGAUGAUGAAUACAUUUCAGUCGGGAACCGGAAGCAUCAAAGGGUUGAUCAAGCUCGCCCAGAUGCAUGUGAGCAACGCGCCGAGGUACCAGCAUCUGAUGGAUGUGCUUUCACCCAUUUGCAACGUUGCGGCCCUUAUCCUCCACAAGACUGUUCAAGGCAUCCACCCUGAUGCCCCUUCUUCGAGUCUGGAAAUCGCGAAAAAUCGCCUGGCGGACGGCCAUACCUUGUACCACCUGGUUGCGGAUGCCUUGCACAGAACGAUUGAAAACAAGGUGACACAACUCUCGAACGAAAUGACGCAGGGUCUUGUUACUUCCUUAUCGGAUAUCCUCAAAAUCUCCUUGGGCAGCGACCAUAGGCUGGCUAUAGAGCGGCUCAAGGCACACCGGCAAGCACAUCCCGACCUGCCCCAUCGGUUCACGCCGGAGGCCAUCUCAUCGGAAUGGCGAUUGGGCGUGUUUGGGAAGCUGAUCACGUCAAGCCAGAUGCAACUGCGUGUCAUGGCGGCCUCGACCAUGUGUCAUGAUCUGGUCACAUGCUGGAAAAGGUACAAUGACAACGAAGACGAGGACUGCAAGCUCUUUUUGAACUACGUGGCUGAAUAUCUUCUUGGGACCAAGCUGGUUGACUACAUUCUGGGUCCAACCUGUCAUCCCGAAAUCACCGUUGAGAGCGGUAACAUCGUGGGCUUCUUGGUAGUCACCCGCUUCUACCGCAGCGAGCAAACAGACUUGCUCUGGCAGACAAUAACGACCACGCAGGAUCCACGUGUGUCAGAAGCCCUGAUUCGUAUGACAACGACCAUCGUCAAUCUGUUCUACAAAGAGGAGCUGCUCUACUUGUGCGAAAAGUUACAAACCUUACCGAUAGACAACUUCACCCCACCCGUACGAGGCCUUUGCGAGAACAGCCUUAGAGCCCUCCAAACUAAAAUUCAGCUCGCGGGAGAGACCCAGAGCGUCCUGCCGCUGAGGAUCUGCAUCCGGCUUCUGCGGGAGUCUUCGGUGUACGUUUCGGAUUCGGCUGUUGCUCAUCCCGACGUUCACCACUUUGCUUUGAACAAACUGAGAGAGCUCGUAAGAGACGGUAUUGAGCCUGAAAUUCGCAGAGAAAUCUAUCACGACUGCAUCGAGGACAUAGCCUCGAAAACGCCCACGACAUUAGGAACCUUGUCGUGCCUUUCGGUGGCCUUGCGACCCGCUGUGGCUUCAGAGUUGCGCGUGCUGACCACGGAACACAACCUGACCCUGCUGCUGGUGGACGAGCUUGAGCAUGCGAUCAAGCAAGGCAAGCAAGCUGGCAUCCGAAGGAUUAUUGGCGGAACCUUCAACCAUCCCCGCAGGGACCUCAUUGCAAACAUCCUGGUCCACGAGCCCUCCACAAUCACAUCGGACCUUGGACCGCGCCUGUGGGACAUGCUUGUUGGUCAUGGCGCCGCCUGCCAGGACGAUCGGGACGAUGGAUGGAAGAUCCUCAACGCCACCCCAAAGACGGCCCACGGAAACCCGUUUCUUUCGGUCUGCUUCAGUGAGUAUCUGCCCGAUCUCCCUCGUGACUGCCUCUGCGGAGGUGCUCUGGAGUUUGUAAGGAAUGCAGUGCUCCCUCGCGUCAACGAGAUUAACGAUAUCAUCUUGGAUGAUGGUGAAAGUCUUGCGCAGAGUGGGGUCGAGCAACUCUGGCGUAUGAUUCUUGAUGCCGAGGAUACCGCAAUCGUGGCCAAGGAGAUGACACUCGUAGAUGCCGCGAUCCAGACGCUUGUGGGCGACAUUUAUGUCGACAGUGAGUCCAUUUUGGCGUACCCACACCACAGGGCUUGUCAGGUUCACUUGGGACUUGUAGCUCGCUGCCUUAAGCAAAUGGAAGACUCUGCGAAGAGUCUGGAGGCUUUCAACGACGGCACUCGGAGCGGUGACGAUGAGCCUAUGGUUAUUGUGGCAACCGAAGAGCAGAUGCUGGAACAGGAACGUAUUUUCACGCGAUCGCUUGCAGUCCUUCGGCACUUUUUGAAUGCGCACCAGGCCAAGGCUCAUUUCUCUGCACCCGAUCUUCGUGCUCUGACGCCUGGCUCGCCAAGCGUGGCCGAAGGUGAGCCUGCUGAGCUCAAGUUUCAGUCUUUCGAUGGCAACACUCAGACGGACAUCAUGCCCCUCGAGGUUGGGAGACAGAACACCGCUGCAUCUCUACUGGCGAGCAUUCGCCAAGCGACUGGCUUCGACAACUAUCGGAUCUACUACCGGGGUCACCCCUUUGCUCCCAACGAAAGCGAUGUCUGCCGGUCUCUCGAAGAAUUGAAAAUUCACGACGGCCUUAUCUUGGUCAAACGGGAGGAGACUGGCACAGCCAUGGCAUCUAGGAUCAAGCCAGGCGCCUCCCUUUUGGAGAUUGAGAUCCUGGGCCACUUCGACCAGCUAUGGAACUACUUGAGUAUGCAGGAAGUUAUUGCCGCAGAAAUUCACUCCUUCCUUACCAAAUUACCUGCCGACGCCCACAUGCUAGCUGCCUUCGACUCACCAGACACAUCGUAUCAGCAGAUUUUCCCUUCGGGGCAGCCUUUCAAGUCGCUUUAUGCCCUAUACGCCAUGACAGAGUAUAUCGCCACGGCUGGUCGUCGGCUGAGAGAAGUGCAGUCAUCCAUAUCCGAUGCAGAUGAUGCCAGAGUUGGAACAUACCUCGAAGCGCUGGUCCGAGUGAGAGCCUUGGUUGUGGCGGCAAUUUCUGACCGUGACAUUCUUGGAGGCUGUGCCUCGGAAGCUCUAAAGAACCGGUUAACGUUCAACUUGAUGAACGUAUACGGGCUGACUUUUAAAGAUCCUGAUCUCAUUAGAAUCGACAUUCCGCCCAGUCCCGUGGCCAUAGCACCUGCGGACCGCCUCAUUGAAAUCCUCUGGUCGGCGGUCACCGCGCAAGGCCACACGAGCCUUAUUCCCCUGAUCGCAUCGACAUUCUCUGCAGUUCUUCGCAGUGCUUGCGUCGACACUGCUUUCUGGACAUCCUUGAAAGCUGUGCCAGGUCUUGAGGAGUUGUUGGGAGUUUUGCUUUUGGAUGAGCCUUCCGAGGCAAUCCGUGCUAAUAUCGCCAAGCUCCUAGAGGAAAGGGUCAUCUCUCCUGACGAGUAUGUCCAUCUGGCUGACACUCAUUCGUUGCCGUCUGACACAACCAACAGGUUUUCCCCGAACACUAUCUCGCUCGGCGAAUUUCUCUGGCCGAUACUUCACCGGCUUGUUCCAAAGGCGGCGAAGUCCCCAAAGCAAUGCAGACAAGUCUUUGGCCUGUCUCUGUCACUUUUGCGCGAAAUGGCUUUCGAAUAUGCCUUCGCUGUCGACAUCCCUGCCUUGGCAAGCGAUUGUGGGAGGCUUCUUCUCGAGCACGAAUCAUUGGAACAACUGGGCCAUGGUGGAUACAAAGACGCCGUAGCCGACGGUUUGGUGAAGCUCUUACAAAGUUGCCUGAAUGAAGGGUCCGAUGUGGAUCUGGAGAACAGCCUGCCAGCAAACCUCGGGAAAAAGCUCUUCUGGAGACACUUGUUCCCCCCUCCUGGACAGCAUGGCUUGACUUCAAGUCGAUCCUGCAUCCUAUCGACCGAAACCAGAUCGAUUCUGUGCAAAAUCAUCUUCGACCUCGUCAGAGAUCGAGACCGCGAGUUUACAGCUAUGCUCGAGGACCUCGAAAAGCUUGUGCCGUUCGACGAGUUCGACAUUGAUCCGUACCUUUACGAGCUACAGCCUCAGUUCGACCGAAUGUCUGCCGUGAGAGCGCCCUGCGGGUAUGCUGGACUUCGCAACCUGUCCAACACAUGUUAUCUCAACUCGCUGUUUACCCAGCUUUUCAUGAACACAGGCUUCCGUCAAUUCAUGAUGAACGCUCGCGUUCCAAGCCAGGCCAACACGCAUGCGCUGCUCAGAGAAACCCGGAAGUUAUUUGCGUUCAUGCAAGAAAGUUCUCGGAAAUUCAUCGACCCCAGCUUGCUUGUCGGUUCGAUCAAGACGUACGAGGAGACAAUCAUCGAUGUGCAUAACCAGAUGGACGUCGACGAGUUCUACAAUCUGCUUUUCGAUCGCUGGGAAGGACAGCUCUCGACGGCGGAUGACAGAAAGGCCUUGAGGUCCUUCUAUGGUGGCCAACUUGUCCAGCAGGUUGCUUCCAAGGAAUGCGAUCACAUCUCCGAGCGGCUUGAGCCAUUCUCGGCCAUCCAGUGCGACAUCAAGGGCAAGAGCACGCUUCAGGAUAGUCUCCAGGCUUACGUCGACGGCGAAAUCAUGGAAGGAGACAAUAAGUACAAGUGUUCGAGCUGCGACCGGCACGUGGAUGCGGUCAAAAGGGCUUGCUUGAAGGACAUCCCGGACAAUCUGAUCUUCCAUCUCAAACGGUUUGAUUUCAAUCUCCGGACCUUGAUGCGAAGCAAGAUUAACGAUCACUUCUCGUUUCCCACGAAGAUUGACAUGCGCCCGUACACCAUCGACCAUUUGGGAUCUCCGUCCGAGUCUGGCGAAGAGGACAUCUUCGAGCUGGUCGGCGUACUCGUUCACGCAGGCACGGCAGAGUCUGGCCAUUAUUACUCGUACAUCCGAGAGCGGCCGACUGCGGCCUCCUCGGAGACGUGGUUUGAGUUCAACGACGACGUCGUUUCCCCAUGGGAUCCAGCAAAAAUGGAAGAGUCGACUUUUGGCGGCACGGAUGGGUCUGCUGAGACUGGCAUUUCCUACGACAAGACGUACAGCGCAUAUAUGCUUUUCUACCAACGGUCCUCGGUCCUAAGAGCGGAGCAGGAGAAGCUGCAGAGCCUCUCGCUGACUACUCCACUGAAAAUGGACGUACCCGCCGAGGUUGCCGACCACAUCAACGGCGAGAAUGCAGUCCUACUUCGACGACAUUGCCUCUAUGACCCGAGCCACUCAAAGUUUGUGCUCCGCAUGUUCCAACAUGCAAAGAUGCGCAAUGGUGGCAAUUGCUCGAGCAUGCAUAUAAUCGAGCAACAUGCCAUGCACAUGCUUCUCGGCCACCUCGACCAGGUUGCCUCCCGGACCAAGGAUCUCCCCUACUUCGAGCUGUUCCGAGAUGAGAUUGAACAUGCCGUCGUCAACUGUGUUAAGUGCGCCGUGGACUUCUUCGAAUAUUUCCAGGAGAGGCAUGAGGCGUUCCGGCAGCUUCUUCAGAGAAAUCCCGAUUGCAACGUCAGAUACUCGGUCGGAUGCCUGUUCAUCACAGCCUUGCGACAUAUUAAGACCUCCAAGCCCGAAAUCUGGGGGUUGUCUCAGGCAGACAUGGUCGAGGAUCCUAUCAUGAUGCAAGUUGUGCAAAUGUUCGACACACUCUGGAGCAACUUCCACGCUAAUAUCCGGUCGUGGCCCGAGGUCUUCCAAACCAUCCUAGCCUUCGCACAGAUGGGUCCGCUGGAGACGGCCGUGCUUAUGUCGGAGGACUGGUUCUUCAGAGUCUUGCGCAUCGUCUUCGCUGACACCAACAUGGACCUUCCCAACAACUACGCCCGAAUGCUGACCAAUGUCAUCCGCCGGAUCAACAAUACGCGUUCCACCUCGUAUGAGAUGAUCAUCCAGCUCAUCGACCACUUCAUGAACGCCUUGGAGGACGUUAUAGACAUCCACACCAUUGUGGAAACACACGAGAUGCGUUUGGAGAUCUACAUGGAGAAUCAGACACCCAAGAUGUCUUGGACGCCCGACGAAGUUAAUGUUCUCACCCACGAAUGGAACAAAGGAACGGGCAGCACUUUUGUGAAGAAGCUGGUCGACCUCGACCAGGAGCCCAUCUACACAGCGUCCAUCAUCAAGCGCAUGAUUCAUCUGAACCCUGACAUGAACCAAAAAGUAUUUCUAGCUAUUAAGAGCAUGGUUACAGGCCAAGUGGUACAGUAUUCGAUGACACCCUACAUCAGAGCCGCCGUGUUGUUCUCUGAGGAAAGUAGCAAUGCAGGCUGCGUCCAGGCACUGUUCAGGCACAUCGCCUACCAGUGUAGAAACCUGCAAAACACGGACGGCAAAGCCUUUCUCGACUUUUUCAGACUCGCCUAUGCCAGCCUGCAGGACGAACGAGAAGAGGUCAGGGCCGCUCGUUACCCCCUAUACAUGGAGCACAUUCCCAUAUGGGCACCCUCGCUGCUGGGCUACUAUGACGCAGAGGUGCGGCGGGGGGCGGAGGAGUUCUUGUCUGUGUGGUUUGCAAACCACGAAGCGGCCGAGGACAACGACGACGGUAUAGCGGUUCUGUUGAACGCGGUGGCCCGGAGGCUUGCUAUGAACUGCCUCAUCUACCUUAGAGAGCAUGUUGUGCAGAGGCGCGCCCAGGUGGCCAAGCAGUCCACUGAACCCCUACUCGCCGUGAUUGCCAAGUGUGAGCCCUUCUUCACAAGUGGGGUGGGAGUCAACGGGAUGGGGCUCAUCAUGUACGAAGACUUCCAAGAGCUCUACCGCUCCGUUGUUGACCCGCUGCGACGCAUGACAGUGGAAGAAUUGGAGGAUGAGGGUUCCGACUGGGAGAACUCAUGCGGAUCCUCGGAGCAGCUGGAGAGCCUUGCAGAUAUCAGCAUGCAGGCUGCUGGGGACCUGCCAGAGUCGGACCUCCAGUGA